AUGAGCACCCCGUCUUCGAAUCGCAUCUACCGAGCACCCAUCGGCUUCGGCCCAGCACCUUCGCCACGUCAAGCGCCCGAUGGAAGCAGGUUUGACUGGUCGGAUGCACGUACCACCACCGUCGGUGUAGUGCUCGAAGCCGACCGAGACUCGCUCAACGCCAUCCUACCACCAGGCUACACCGUCGACCCCACCGCACCACACCCUACCAUCCUAUUCGAAGUCAUGCAACUCCGCAACCUACCCUGGCUGGCCGGUCGAGGAUACAACACUCUCGGGAUCUACCUCAACGACGUCAUCUGUUCACGUGUCUCUCCUUCCAUCAAAGCGUCCUACCUUGCCGUUCUGUUCGAGAACUUUACCGACCCCAUCAGUACUGGAAGAGAAGAGCUCGGCUUUCCCAAGGUCUUUGCCGAGAUACCUGACGCCAAUAUCCGUGCGGAAGGUGGAGAGGAAACACAGGUUCACACUCUCAGCUGGGAUGGGUACGAGUUUCUUCGUCUUCAGCUGUCGCUCACUGACUUUGCGGUUGAACAAAGCCCCGCGCUGAAUCCGAGUCAAAGAGCUUACACGCAUCCGACAAAGGAUGGCAUCUUGCAUCAACGCUAUGUACCUGCCGUCGGCGAACCGGGGAAAGCAGAUGCAGACUAUGCGACUUUCUGCCCUCCUCCACCGAGUCCGCCGAGCGUGUUGCGCUUUCAAACAGUCAGGACUGGUGCAGGCGGUGUAUCAAAAAGCUGUCCAUCCUUAAUCGAUAGCAAGGCGAACAAGACCGCGGACGGAGAGCACGAGUUCUGCGCAGGCAAAGUGAAACUGCAGAUCGAGAGAGGCACCUUUCAACAGCUGCCAACGCUGUACAAUGUGGUGGAUGCCUUAGCAGAGAUCAAGAUCGUGGGGUUGAAGGAGGUCGCUUUGCAGCAGUUCAAGGGUGCCAGUGAUCUGGGUAAGUGGUUCCACGAAGCAUCAUUUCGAUAA